AGGAAAGGCUAGUCUUUAAUAUCCCCUUUAACUGAACACAAGAUUACAAAAUAACAGCUCUGAGGAGCAAGAAAAAAUAUUGUCGGGCAGAGGCGUACAGGAAGUUGUGUUUCUUGAAGAAGAAUAGGAUCAACGACAACACAGGAUGCAAGCAGACCUCUACUAUAGGAAGAAGGAUAUAUAUUUCUAAUGACACUCUCUAGACACCCACUUCUUAACUGCACUUGGCUUUGUAGCAACUUCUUCAUUUUCUUUGUGAGAAGACACCACCAAGAAAAGAUCUAGAGGAGAAUAGAAAAUAAUGGUCACUUCAAUAUCCGUACUUGCCUUUUUGGUAUCCUUACUUUUCACAUAUGCCAUACCUAAGAAAGAGCAAAGUGAAGCCAUCUGUUCUAAAGAUGCCUGUUACACAGUCCACCUGAGCCAGGAGAUAUUUUCAGAAGCAAGUAAAGAGUGUGUUAACCGAGGAGGGAACCUUCUGACCAUACAAACUAAAGGUGAAGCUGAGCAUGUUCACAGUUUACUUUGGAAAUUCACCAACAUUGCACCAUUGGUUCGCCCAUUAAAGCUUUGGAUUGGACUGCAGCUAAAGUUAAAGUCCUGUGUUGUUAGAAAUGAAACUUUAAAAGGGUUUUCGUGGAUCACAGAUAAUGAAGAUGCAAAGGAAGGUCAGUUCUCCAACUGGCUGACUGAACCAAAGGCAACUUGCACCAAGAGAAAGUGCGUGAGUAUGAAACUGCAGAAGGACUCACCUGAUAAUUACAAAUGGUCGGACGAGUUAUGCUCUUUCCACGCUGAUGGCUACAUCUGCAAAUUCAACUUUCAGGGCAUGUGCCAGCGGGUUGUUCUUGCUGGCCCAGGAUCUGUUGAAUAUGAUACCCCUUUUGAUUUUAAAAGUUCUUCUUUGGACCUAGUUCCGCAUGGCUCUUCAGCGUCUGUGUUUUGUGGGCACAAUGGAGAACAUACAGGAACUUUGUUAUUUUGUCUGAAAUCAGAUGAAACUAAUCUGUAUCAGUGGGGUAAUUCUCGCUUGGACAAAAAAUCAAAUAAACCCUUUUGUGCUUCUGAGGAACUGGGCUGUAAGUAUAAUAAAGGUGGAUGUGAACAUGAAUGUGUAGAGUUCCCGCUAAACAAAUCCCUCUCCUGUAGAUGUAAAGAUGGCUAUGUGUUAGCACCCGACCUGGUGUCCUGUGUUCCACCUGACCACUGCCAGUCUAAUCCAUGUGAGCAGAAAUGUAUAAACCACCAAAAUGGCUUUGAAUGUUUAUGUUCUAGUGGCUUUGCGUUAGCAGAAAACAGAGAAAAUUGCAUAGAUGUCGAUGAAUGCUUGAUUGGACCUUGCAGCCAGACAUGUAUCAAUACUUUAGGAAGUUUCUACUGUAAAUGUAAUACUGGAUUUCAACAGCAAGGAAUACAUUGCAUUGACAUUGAUGAAUGCAUCAACUCUGAUUGCUCUCAAAGCUGCCUCAACACACAUGGAUCUUACCUCUGCUCCUGCAAUAGCGGUUACACCAUCAGCAGUGACAAUACUACCUGCUUAGAUAUAGAUGAGUGUGCUCACUCUCCGUGUGCCAGCUUCUGCCACAACACCCAUGGGAGUUAUCUUUGCUCUUGUCCAAAGGGAAUGCUUUUAUCAUCUGAUAGCAUAUCAUGUAUUCCAGCACAUCACAAUGCAGAGGCUUUCACUAGUGGUGAUAUAAAUGAAGGUCUGGAGCCAGAAGAAGCCACCAGCAGCAGUACCGACAAACCUACGCCAAACUUUACAGAUCUAACUAUAGAUGUGCAGGAUCACAGAGAAACUGGACAAAUAAUGCCGUCUACACCCAUGCCACAAGAAACUGGCACAUUCCCUGGUAAUAGUUUUGUUAAUCUGGUAACAAGUGGUCAAGAGGGCAUCCCGAACACAGUGCUAUUAGUAAGUAUACUAUGUGCCUGUGCUGUGUUGUUGCUCAUGACUAUCAUUGGGGGGGUCAUAUGUCGCAGAAAGAGGAAUGCAAAGAAAAACGAGACUGAGAAGCCAACAAGUGCAACAGAUAACUACUGCUGGGUCCCAGAUCAAAAGGGGGAUAAAGCUUUAAAUAAUGACUACAGGUGACCUCACCUCUCAUAUAUAUAUAUAUAUGGAUACAUGCAUUGCUGUAGUGAAUAUGAUUUGCAGAGCUUUGCUUGUAGAUAGUGUUUUCAUUUUAUUUUUAUUACCUAUACAAGCAUUUUGGCUUUUUUUUUAUUGCUGAUAACCAUGACUGACUUCUUGAUGUCAAAGGGGUCGAUUCCUGGUUUUGCUCCUUAAAAGGUUCAAUACUGAUGGCCUAUAAUGUGAUUGAGGUCUGACUCCUGGCCGUGGUUUUCUGCGGCCUGCUCACAGCAUACUAAGCACAUUGUGGCCAUUCACAUAAUUAAUUGAGCUGUACAUAGGCCAAGUGACCAAUGAAAGUGAGAUCAUUGGCCUAAGAAGAGGCUGCGUCCUCUUCGAAGAACUGAUUGGCAGGGGUUCCAGGAGCUGGGCCCCCACCAACAUGAUAUUGAUGACCUAUCAUGAGAAUAAGUCUUCAUUAUUGAACUACUGAAAACCCUCUUUGAACCCCUUUCUGUAAAUGAAGCUUAUUCACUGUAGGAACUAUUAAGCUGGAUUUACACAGGUCAAUGUUCAGGCCGAUUAUCGGAAAGGAACGUUCCUAUGAAUGCUCGUUCUGGAUAAUCUGCCCACCUAAAAGUGCAAAACGCUUGUACAUUGGGUGAAAUGACCUGAGGUGAGGACAUUGUUCCCAGGCAGCAGAUCGUUCUGUCUGAACAGUGAUCUGCUUCCUAGGAGCAAUGAUUAUGUAUGGGGACAAGCAAUAGCAUCAGCCAUCACUCGUCCUCAUACUGUGGGGGUGAACACUGCAUGUAAACACAGUGCUUUACCCCACUUAUCGUGCACUUCCUUCCCGUCAAUUAGCUGCUACGCGCAGCAUCUAAAUGAGCCUUUAAUGUUAUGCAGCUUUCUAAUGUACUUUGAGUAUUUCUUCCAUUUUCAAGUCUCUGCCAGGGACUAGAAGCAUUUAUUGUAAAUAUAUUAUUGUACAUUAUGCAAUCAAUACGGCAAAAGAAAAAAUGUUUGGUAAUCUUGACAGCCAGUUGAAAAAGUCGUAUUGCUCUCAAUAGCAGAAACAAAAUAAUAGCCUUGCAGUUAUCCAAUGGCUAACUGAAAUACCGUAAAAGAAAUGACAGUAUGGCCACUUUCACACAGUCAGUAUUUUUCAUCAGUAAGGGUCUAUUCACAAGUCCGCAAAAGGGUCCGCACCUGUUCCGCAAUUUUGCGGAACGGGUGCGGACCCAUUCAUUCUCUAUGG